AUGGCUCAUAACUUUCGUCAUCCUUUCUUCCUUUUCCAACUUUUACUCAUUACUGUCUCACUAAUGAUCGGUAGCCACAUCGUCUCGUCAACGGCUCGACAUUUAUUCCAGACACAAACAACCUCAUCAGAGCUGCCACAAUUGGCUUCAAAAUACAAAAAGCACGAAGAGUUUGAAUACAAACAGCCAAAAUAUCACGAAGAGUACCCAAAACAUGAGAAGCCUGAAAUGCACAAGGAAGAAAGACAAAAACCCUGCAAACAACAUGAAGAGUACCACGAGUCACACGAAUCGAAGAAGCACGAAGAGUACAAUAAAGACAAACCCGAUUUCCCCAAAUGGGAAAAGCCUAAAGAGCACGAGAAACACGAACACGAAGAGUACGAGAAAGAAAAACCCGAGUUCCCCAAACAGCAAAAGCCUAAAGAGCACGAGAAACACGAAGUCGAAUAUCCGGAAAUAACCCAGUACAAGGAAAAGCAAGAUAAGAGUAAGGAACAUAAAGAUGAAGAGUGCCACGAGUUACACGAAUCGAAAGAGCACGAAGAGUACGAGAAAGAAAAACCCGAUUUCCCCAAAUGGGAAAAGCCUAAAGAGCAUGAGAAACAUAAAGCCGAAUAUCCAAAAAUACCCGAGUGCAAGGAAAAACAAGAUGAGGAUAAGGAACAUAAACAUGAGUUCCCAAAGAAUGAAAAAGAAGAGGAGAAGAAACCUGAGAAAGGCAGAGUACCCUGA